AAUGUUUACCCAACACUAGUCAGCUGUGUCAGCAUCUUUGUUCCGCUUUGCAAACAGUUUCCUAAAUUUAUUGAUUUAAUUCGAUCACGUUUUUUUUCUACAAAAACCAUUUACGAUAAAAACCGUUGUAAGAAAGUCGUAUAAUUGAGAACAAGUCUUAUUUCCAAAGUCACUUCUUCAAAAUCUCAAUAUUGAAUGACAAUACCGACAAAGGACAGGGAAUUACCCUAUACAUAUCAAAAAAUAUUUUUAGAUCAAUAUUAUCGAAAAAUUAUACAAGGAAUGCAAGCGCACGACAAUAAACGUGGAUGGCGAUGCCGUAUGAAGAUAUAGAGAGCAAGGGAUCAACUCGAGUAGCGAGUAUUUUAUACAUACUGCAUUGAAAAGUAUAUACUGUACCUGAAGAUCCAUCGAACAUCAAACGUUCAAAUAUUAAGACUGUUGCAAUGAUUCAAUUAAAGUUGAGCACAAAAGCCAUAGCUUUUGGCAUAGUUUUGUUACUUAUCAAAGGGCAAGGCGAAAUCGGAGGUCAUUCGUUGCCACACACACAAGGACAUAGCGAACCAGAUGAAAUCGUCCCUGAGUUUUUGGCGCAAUUGACAAAUAUUACGGUACCCCAAGGACGAGACAUUUCCUUCACAUGUGUUGUUGACAAUUUGGGCCAAUAUCGGGUGGCAUGGAUUAAAUCUGAUUCAAAAGCAAUACUUGGUAUACACACACACAUGGUCUCACUAAAUCCCAGAUUAUCUGUGACACACAACGGCCACAACACCUGGAAACUUCACAUAUCUCGCGUACAGAUAAAUGACUCCGGCAGCUACAUGUGCCAAGUGAAUACGGAUCCCAUGAAGAGCCUUUCAGGCUAUUUAGAUGUUGUUGUGCCACCGGAUAUUCUAAAUCACCCAGACCAUAAUCUCGAGGAAGGCGUCAGCACUGAGGGUGGCAGUAUUGUACUCGUGUGUAGUGCGACUGGCGUACCCGAGCCGAAGGUGCAGUGGCGGCGUGAAACAGGAAAGGAUAUUAUACUUCGAGCGGAGAGCAGAGAUAAACAAGCACUGAAAUCCGUGGACGGAGAAAGACUCACUUUGACAAAUGUCCAACGUACAGAUAUGGGUGGCUACAAUUGCAUUGCUUCCAACGGUGUGCCGCCUUCAGUGAGCAAGAGAUUUGACGUACACGUAAACUUUCCACCUACAAUCAAAGCCGUCAACCAGCUGGUCGGCGCACCUGUCGAAAGGGAGGUAACAUUGGAGUGCAUUGUAGAAGUAUAUCCCAAGCCCCUGAAUGGAUGGUACCGCAAUGAAGGUAAUGUCAAACUGCAUAACGGGAACAAGUACAACAUAUCUGAAGAAAUGAUUAACCUAUACACAUGGCAUCUUAACCUAACCAUCCGGCACCUGACUAAAUCCGAUUUCGGCGCCUACAGUUGCUCCAGUGUUAAUGCCCUUGGAAAGAGUGAAACUCGCAUUAGACUGCAAGAAUUACGAUUACCGCCCAAGUCGACAACGACGCCAACACCUCACGUGCACACAACGGCUAAACCGCGUCGGAAGCAGCAACCCGGCCACAACAAGGGACUGAACGAAGUGGUGCGUGCCAAGGAAACCCAUUUCUCAAAUCAAAUGCAGCAGGAGAACGACGUAUUCGGCGGUGGGAUUGGUGUGCCCCAGAGCGCCAACAGUGGUAAUGCUGGUAGCGUAGUUGAGAGUGGAAACGUCAACGGCAUGAUAAACGGAGCGGAAGUACAUACACAACUACCUGCACGUAACGGAUAUGAAAAGACGCAUAAGUCGCCUGGCGUUGUACCAUCACCCCGUUCACCCUGGAACUUUGCGAGUGCGGGGUCGCAGCUGCUUGCCAGCACUACGAUAGCGACAAACUCUCUGGUGUUUUUUCUUCCCUGCGUGUUGUCUGUGUGUACGAGUAUGUACUAUAUAGUAAUUUAAAAGCACGCUACCCAAGAAAUCUCCGAUACGAUGCUACCAAUGGAAGGGGACAGGACAGCUCUGCAGCUCUGCAGCUCUGCAGCUAUGCAGCUGCUCAAAAACCGCCGAUGCAACUUCUGCUUUUAAGUUACGAAUAGUUCUGGGUCUGUCGUUGUUGGUCAGUGUAGAUCCGGUGGUUGUGCAGUACGUAGUUAUCAAUUGACUCGUCUGCCACAAACUUAGUUUGUCUUAUUAGCUAGACAAAGAAAAUCGAAUAUACAAACCUACAUACAUACAAUAUAUUGUACGUAAUGUAAGUUGGAAGCAUUGCUACAGGUUUUCUAACAUUAACGUAGUACACGCACACUAAGAGAGUCUACUAAAGAAUCCACAUACUACAUACAUAUUUACAUUUUAUUUCGAGUUACUGAGGUACUUCCACGCAGCAAUUCCAACUUUUCCAUUUCAAAAUAGUACAAACAAUUUGAAAAAUUUUAAGAAUUGGGUGAGCUUUGUUUGAGUUUUCUUAUCAAGUACAAGAAAAUUUCCAAAUAGAUGCAAACAUAUUUCUGGUAAGCCAGUAUCCAUUUUACUGCAUUUCCGUUUGGCUUAAAUGUAAUAAAUACGGGUCUAAAGCCCACAAAGCGUGGAAAAAUCCUUUAAUGGACCGCGGUUUAUCAAGAAUUUAUGUGCAGAAAUUAUUUGUCGGUCAGACCUUUUUCGACUUACCCACUGGAAUGUUAUUAAUAGGCGCGAUCACCAGCAAAAUGUAUUAUGCAUCAUGUCUAAGGUGUCAUCUAUCAUGUUUUGGGUGCUGGUGAACGCCUAUGAUUCAUUCCUUACUAUCUCGCAGUCGUAAAUAAAAUCGGAUCUGAACCUAUCGACAUUAGCUUCGCGACUCGACCCAAAAAACAAUCACGCCAAAUUGCAGUCAUUUUUCGUAAGUUCUAAGUGUUGACAUUGAUUCAUGAUUUUGUAUUAUUCUGGCGAUUCUGAUUCUUCACGAUGUAGUGCGCAUUUUAUUUGAUAUGUCAAUUCUCGAUAAAGACCAACAGCAAUGCAUCAUGCAUCAAAAUGGAACGUAAUCUUUUCAAGCUCCACUUCUGAAAAUCUGGUACAUGGUACAUGGUUUAUGCAUAGUAAUCGCUAAUCAUGCGCGUUCAAAACUUCCGAAACUGAAUCUUUUACACUAGAGUUAAUAGUCUCACCAAUUGCCACAUAUUUUGUCGUUGCCGUGUAUUAAAUUAACUUGUUUAAAUGAAAAUUAGCCAUUAUUUUAUAUAUUACACUUUUUUAACCCUACUCCUUAUGGAAAUGGUAUGUUCAAGAUUAGCGGACCCGCUAAAAGAUGUACAAUAAAACUAUCUUCUCUAUCGUCUCUAUACUUCACUGAUAUUGCUACUAAUAAUACUACUACUAAAAGCGAUUUGUUUCACCAAAUUCGGCACGGUAUGAAUUCAAAAGCCUUAAGCGAAAAUUCCUGAAAAACACAACUUGUUCAAUAUGUGAGAUCCCUAGGCAGGGAUGAAAAAGUUACUGUUUUUAUACAACUAUAAAAACUAAUAGGCGUCUGAUAUUCAUUAUAGUUAUUAUUAUUACAACAAUAGUUCUAUUCGUUCUAUUUUGUGCAUAGUACAUAGUACAUUACAUUAUAUUAUUUUUUGUGACCACAAUUUUUUUAUGAUUAAUGUCAACCUAUUUAACCAACUGCACAAUUAAUGUUCUCUUAUUGUUAUUUGGUGUUAUUGUUUUCUAUAUGUCGGCGAAUAGUGAAUUCAUUAACUUCUUCGGAAUAUCCAAUGUUUAUCCUGCGGAAAAAUUGACAAGUAAUUCAGUUUUCAGCAAUUUUUCUCGUUUGACUUGGGAUUGUUUGCAAGUGCAGAAAAUGGAAAACAAUUUUUGAUAUUUCAGUCAAUAAUAAAUAUAAUAAAAUGUUAUUGGAUAAAACAAGACUUUAUAAUAGGCUACCUAAGCUAAUAACGGAACAAUAAUAACUUACAAAUUUAUGUAACAAUGGUGAGCUUAUUUGCUCACAUUAGAUAAUGUACAGUAAUCCAAUAAUACAUACCACACAAUGCAAUGCAGAAAUGUCUUCCGAUACAAAUGAACAAUAUGCAUAUAAUAGAACAUAAGCCCUAUGAAUAAUACUAGGUACUAAAAAAACAAAUAUCAAAAUUACAUGAUUAAUGUUGGAAAAUGUAUAUUUAAGCAAAUCGUUAUUUUCCCUUAGUCAUUGUAAAUAUGGUUAUAAACAAUAAGCAUUGCAUGUAACAUACAAACAUAUGUGCCGGCUCAUUUUCAUCUCACACAAAAAUAUGUA